AUGUUGUAUGUAAUAUAUAUAUAGUAAAAAUUUUAUAGAAGAUAACUUAUAAUUAUAUUUAUGAAUAUAUUUUGAAUUAUAUUAUAAUCAUAAUUAUAAUAUAAUGACUUUAAAGUUCAUAAAUAUAUAAUACGAAAUUAAAAAUGAGCGUUGAUGAUGUCAAUUUAAUUGUACAACAAAUUAAAGAAGCAAAUAAACUUUGCAAAGAAGAUAGACAAUAUUUAAAAGAAUUGAAUGUACAAUUAAAAAAUCCUGUGUUACCGCAACAUGAAAUUGAAACUAGAGCAGGAUCUCGUCCUCCAAAAAAUGAAGAAAUAGAAAGAUUUAAACAAAUAACAUUUAUCAAAAAAGGAUGUUAUGAUUCGGUAGAAGAUAAAAUAAUUAAAAAUAAUUGGAAAGAAUUUUGUAAGUUGCAUAAAUGGAAUUCUAAAAAAGUUGAACCAUUUUUACUCUUGAGAGAAGGAAAUAAAACAUAUAUUCGCAGUAAAAAACAAAGAAGAAAAUUUGUUCAAUUUUUAGCUGAUGGUUUGUCAAAUAGAACUUUAUAUAGUGUAUAUCACAGAUUUAGAAAUUUAUAUGCAAAUCAUUUUCAAAGAAGGUUUUAUCCAGAAGAAGAUGAAAUGAUUUUGAAUUAUUUAGAACAUAAUGCAAACCUUGAUCAGAAGCGGAAAUAUACAGAUUUAGCAAAAGUUUUAAAACGAACCCGAGCUUCUAUUUGGCGUCGUUAUAAAUUGCUUAAAAAGAAAAGGCAAAAAGAAUCAGAUCAAGAGAAAUAAAAUCAAAUCUUUAUAAUAUUUAUUUUAAUUUUCUAUAAUAUUUAUAUGGUAAUUAUUGUUUAUUUUAAUGUUUAUUUUUACUACUUCAUUUCAAAAAAUAUAAUAUUAUUUGUAAUUAAAUUUAAUUAAAUUUAAUGAUUCAAAUUAUGAUUGUAUUUAUUAUGUAAUAAAUAAAUAAGAAA